AGAUGGCGCGGUAACAAAAUUAUUUAUUUGGUCAUUUGUUUUACCAGAUUUCUACCACAAAAUUGCCAAGUUAUUUGAAAACCUCUAAAAUGAGAGUAUUCACCAAUUGAUUUUGUAUCUAUCUAUUGAUUUUAAAAUACUAUGUUGCUUUUUUUUUUAAUUUGUUAUUCUGGAUUUUCUUUCGAUUUUGUUAAUUUGGGAAUUAUCUGAGUUUUCCAAAAAAUCGUCCUAUAGACUGCGCUUUACAAACUGGUAGUUGUACAAACUGGUAUAAAGAAAAAUAUUGAUUACGUUUGAUCAGUAAAUAAACUUGAUUAAAGCAUCAGCAACAGAUCUUUUUUUUAACUUAUUAUAAACCAGUGCUUCACCACGAUCCCAUCUGGUGGUAAGUGGUGAUGUAGCCCUAGAUGGUAAAUCGCACUGUCUUAGCGUAACAAAAGCCUUUUCACUCUUGCCUUGAAGGCACCUAGAUUGUAUUCGGACGGAAAGAUAAACGCUGGCAAAUUAUUCCACUGCUUUGCAUUACAAAAGACGAAGCAAAUAAUAAUGCGUAGAAUAUCGGCAACUAAGGGGUGAAGACCCGCCGACCGCCUGGUUGUCCAAUGACGGAAAGGAGAGGAAGGAAUUAAAGCGUGUAAUUCCUGCGCACACUCACCGAAAUGCAUCCUAUAAAAUACCGGCUAUCUUGUCCAUGUUUAUAGAAGAAUAUUUAAUUUAUAAAAUGGCAGCACUUAAAAAUUAAAAAAACAAGCGUGCACGUUUUCAUUCAGUUCAAAUUUCAACGAUUUGUGACGAUUUGUUGAUUGAUGUUGUUUUUGUUUUUCCUUUAAUUUGUUACUUUAUUACACUUCUAUUAUUGCGUUGAGUUGAGUGAAUUUCGCUCCUCCGCAUUAGUGUCGGUCGAACCAGAGCAGUGUUGUUGGUGACAAGUUGAUAAACUCAAGUGAGAUACGGACUCUUUUCAUAGUUUGUGUAAAAUUGUGAACUUAAUUAGAUAUCCACCUUCUUACCUAUUUCACUAUGGCACCCAACAUUUAUAGGAAAUGUGCAAAAUGUGGGCGAUCUUCCAAACAAGUGCCAGGCAUUAAACUGUCUCGGUUUCCUAAACCUGGGCCUAAAAAUGCUAUUCGGUAAGUUUGUUUGUACUUUUCAUAUACAUAUUAGGUAUCAAGUUACUUUAACUUCUACAUUAAUAGUGUUUUUGUUGUACAACUACUGCGGCCCCCACAUUACACAUAGAAUCCUGCUAUUUGUUUUUAUAUACAUACAUUACAUUUUAAUAAAUAUAUUGCGAUGCCAAAGUUUUCUUUAAAAUUUUCUCUAAGGGACUCUUUACAAUUUAAGUUAUAAAUCGCCCAUACGGCUCUCUUUUGCAAAACAAAUAUGGCAUCAAUGUCAGUUGCAUUAACCCAUAUCAAUAUUCAAUACUUUUUCAUUUCAAUUCAAUAAUUUUUUUGUGUUUGAAUGGGUCUCUAGAUGGUUUAGGGUUCACAUUUGAACCCGGUAGGUGGUGCUUUUGUCGAUAUCUAGAAAUCGCCCUUGUGAAGCAGAGGCAGAUUGCUAAUAUUUUAUAUUUUUCAAUGUAGGCAUUCUUUUUUAUUUAUGUAAUUCAAAUUCAAUAAAAAUGUUAGGUAUUGUUGUAGCACUCUUACUUUUGUCCCUAACUUUGUCUAAAUAAUAAUUGAUAAUGUUAUUUUUCAGGAUCAAACUCUAGCAUUGCAAGAAUAUCUGGGAUCAAGUUCAUCUCUAGAUCUCAAGUCUCAACCAGGUCCUUCCCUUGUUGAGAAUAUUACGACUACUGAAAUGCAAUAUCACAAAGAUCAAACUCUAGCAUUGCAAGAAUAUCUGGGAUCAAGUUCAUCUCUAGAUCUCAAGUCUCAACCAGGUCCUUCCCUUGUUGAGAAUAUUACGACUACUGAAAUGCAAUAUCACAAAAAUCAAGCUGCAGCUCAAGAUCUCGAGUGUCAACCAGGUCCAUCUUUUUGCAAUGUUCUUAAGAACAUUACAAAUUCUUAUACACAGCACCACAAAAUGAUUGUCUGUAAAGAAAUACAGAAACAAACUUUUAAAAAAACUGACAGAGAAAAUUAUUUAUACAACAAAUGUAGAAGACAAGUGAAAAAAAUUUGUCAACU